AGAAAACAUAUUGACGCACAGGCGGAGAUUCUGAGGCUAAGACUGCGCAUCAAGAUGCCACCCAUCCUCGAGGUUUGCCCGACUUUCUCAUGGCAGCAGAUCACCUCCUGGAUCGUGGUGCAAGCCCUGCAGUCCUGCUACAGGCCCCUCAAUUGGCUGGGUUCCAUCGUCGAAUGGACCAUCAACUUCUUUCUCCUCAACGGCGGGCUCUUCCGUCUGCUCUUCAAACUGUUCACCUUCCAAUGGGGUCGCAUCAUAUUACCCGAUCCGACCGCGGACAACUUCUUGAGCUGCGUGGGGGCGCUGGAUCCCCGUUGCGACUUGUACGUGGACACGUCGAGACCGGGCAAGGCUUCCAGCACUCGAGCAGACGGAGUAGUUUUCCCAGAUGAGAACGUUGGCUCGCGAUCCACCGCGGAUGUAUGCGUCAUGGCGGCAAAGCUGGCAUACGAGAAUCCAGCUGUUGUCAAGCGAGUGGUAAAAGACAUCUGGAAGAUGAAUUUCGUCAAGUUUUACGAAUGCUGGAACGAGAACCAGCAGAUGGACAAUACGCAGGCAUUCAUCUUCACCGACAAGCCCAAAGACGCGAACGCCGUCGUGGUGGCCUUCCGCGGUACGGAAGCAUUCAAUGCGUACGACUGGAGCACCGAUCUGGACUUCACUUGGGCGGAUCUGGUUCGUCUGGGCGGCGUCCACCUGGGGUUCCUCGAAGCGCUAGGGCUCGCCAGUCGCAAACAUCGUGAUACGAUUGAGAGGCUGAACACGAAUGCAAUUGCAUCAAGCGAAGCGACCGAAGCGCGAGAACAAGCCGAGGCAACUGCUACCCGUACCCCCGUCACCCCGCAUCGCCGAUCCAAAGAGGACAUCGAAAAAGCCCCCUCAACUUCCGGCCUCGCCCAAGGCAUCAUUGACGAUCCUGCCAAGGAGCUCGCGUACGACGCCAUUACGAAACGGGUGGGGCUUAUCCUCAAGGAAAAUCCCAGGGCCAAGCUCUUCAUCACGGGACACUCUCUGGGAGGCGCACUCGCCUCCCUCUACGCCACGAUGCUCCACUACACCGGCCAGACCGAGAUUGCCUCCAAGAUCGGAGCCGUCUACACCUUCGGCCAGCCUCGUGUCGGCGACCAGGACUUCGUCAACUACGCGAACUCCAAGCUCAAGGGCAAAUUCUUCCGCGUCGUCUACUGCAACGAUGUGGUUCCUCGAGUCCCGUUCGACGACAUCGUCAUGGCUUACAAGCACAUCGGCGACUGUAACUAUUUCAACAGCGUGUACAAGGGAAUCAUUGUUAAGGAAGAACCCAACCGGAACUACAGCAUCCUGUGGACAAUAUUUGUGCACCUGAACGCAGUGUGGGAGAUUGUCCAAGGCUUGUUCUUUAUCACUCUCUUGUACGGCAAUCAGUUCUCGGAGUCGACGGUGUGCCUGCUGUUCCGCAUUCUGGGAUUGGCGAUUCCGGGAUUCGCCGCGCACAGUCCAUGCAAUUAUGUGAAUUCGGUGCGCUUAGGGCCGCUUCCGCUCAGAAAGUGCAUCCCAUGUGACGUUGCUGACAUUUCGCAGGGGAUUGCCUUGAUGGAAGACAACGUGAAGGACAUCCUGUGCUGCAUUUUGGUGGCGUUUUUCGGGAAUCAGAUUUGCCAUUCCGGUCCAAAGUGCCUGUUUCAUGCCCGAAACUGCAUGCCUCCUAUGAAGUUUGGAGCAAAAGAGAACCUGUAAUCGAAGAGGUUAUCUGUGUGUUUGUGUGUUUGUACAUAAAUAUAUAUAUAUAUAUAUAUAUAUACAUAUUUAAAUAUAUAUAUAUAUAUAGAUAUAUAAAUAUAUAAAUAUAUAUAAAUAUAUAUUUAUAUAUCUAUAUAUAUAUAUAUAUAUUUAAAUACCCUUGUAUUAUUGAUAAUAGCAAAUCUACUCCUCACUUUUGUCAUAAUAUCAAAACUUCCUCUAAACUUGAUAAACUAUUACAAUUGUUCUUUUUUAAGUAAAAAUUGACCCGACCUUCAUGACUUGUGCCCUCAGCCGCAUUCUUUGGAUACUGCUCGGCCAUUUUUAGCAAAUGAAUGAAAUCACGAACAAUUGAUAACUACUGGUUUUCUAAAAUACAAUGGCCUUUUCACAUUUUGUAACAUCAAGUUGAUACUGGUUGACUUGAUGCAAGUUAGAUUAAUCUUGUAGCCUCUAUUGUCCAUGGAAUUUUGUAAGAUGCUUACAUCAUGAUAUUGUCAUACCUAUUGCAAAGCUGUACGUGGAUUU